AUUUAUAGUUAUAACCAAUGAGUAAAAUAUUAUCAUUGAGAUUAUUAAAUUCAUCACUUGUAAAUAAUAAUUUUGUUUAUAAAAAUAUAAUGACAAGUUCAGCAGUGAGAGCUAAAAAGCUCCUCGAGGGAUUAAAAGACAAUCCUUAUUUCGACAAGUAUGCUGGAGCUAUUGCCAAGUUGCAGCAAACAAAUCCAGAUGAAUUUAUAUCAAGAAUUGAAGAAACUGAAAAAAAGAAACGUCCAUCAAAGUCGAAGGAAUCAGUAGUCAAGUUUAAUAAAGAAGCAAGUGCCAAGCCAUCAUCACUGUCAUCGGAUUUAAAACAAACCAAGGUGUCACGUUUGUCGGACGUUAUGAAGCUGGAGUUACUUGAGGACAAAGCUAGUAAAUUAAUGACUCCACUGAUGAGAUCGGUGUCCAAUAAUAAAUCAUGGAUCAAUAAAACAUUUACGAGGACAUAUGUUGAUUAUCGCCCGAAAAAUGUUUAUCUAACAACUCCUAUAUUCUACGUAAACGCUGGACCGCACAUUGGACAUCUCUACACAGCUAGUCUCGCAGAUGCAUUAGCACGAUACAACAGAAUGUUGGGACAUCAGGUGUUUUUAAGUACCGGAACCGACGAACACGGCAAUAAAGUUUCUGAUGCUGCGAAUGCUAAUAAUUUAUCUCCUCAAAAUUAUACAGAUAAAAUAUCCGGAUUAUUCAAAGACAUGUGUGAUAAUUUUGAUAUUUCAUACUCGAAUUUUAUACGUACGACAGACUUGAGGCAUCAUGAAGCUGUUAAUCAUUUUUGGAUUACGCUCAAAGAAAAUGGGCACUUGUACUUGGGAAAAUACUCCGGAUGGUACUGCGUAUCCGACGAAGCUUUUGUUCCAGAGUCUGAGUUGCUGGAAAAAGUAUCAAAUAGUAAAACAAUAAAAGUAUCUGCAGCCUCGGGUAAUCUCGUUCAAUGGAUGGAAGAAGACAAUUAUAAAUUUAAACUUAGCUCAAUGCAGGAUGACCUCAAGUACUGGUUAAAAAAUGUUAAAGCUGUUGAACCAAUAAAAUUUCACAAAAUUCUGUCGUCCUGGAUCGAGGAAGGAAGUUGUUUAGAGGACUUGAGUGUUUCUCGACCAGUCUCACGAGCACCCUGGGGCAUUAAAGUGCCCAACGAUAAUUCUCAUACAAUUUACGUUUGGUUAGACGCGCUAGUCAGUUACUUAACUUCACUUGGUUACCCAAAAAAUCAAGAGUUUGCUAAAUUUUGGCCACCAACAGUUCAAAUAAUUGGAAAAGACAUUUUAAAAUUCCACGGCGUGUACUGGCCAGCAUUCAGCAUGGCAGCUGGUUUGGACCCACCGAGAACUCUUCUCUGUCAUUCCCACUGGACAGUUGAUGAUGAAAAAAUGUCCAAAUCAAAAGGAAAUGUCGUGUCACCUUCAGAGGCUGCUAAAUUAUUUACUGCUGAUGGGUUGAGAUAUUUUCUUCUACGAGAAGCUGUACCACACAGUGAUGCAAACUACAGUGAGGAUAAAAUAAGAAAGAUAUUAAACGCUGAAUUGGCAGAUACACUCGGAAAUUUAGUGAGCAGGUGUAUGGGAAAAGCAUUGAAUCCUGGUAAAAUAAUUCCCGAGCCUUGUGAGCGUCACGCAAAAACACUUGGCUCAGAUGAAGCACUCAAAUUAGUAGAGAGUCUUGAAAAUCUAUCUUCAAUAGCUCACAAUCAUUACAACGAUUUUAAUCUUCAUUCAGUUGUUGACAUUGUUAUGCAAUCAUUAUUUUUUGCUAAUAAGAUGAUUGAUCACCACAAACCGUGGGCGCUGGCAAAACAGACUGAUAAUUCAGAAGCUCAAGAGAAACUUGAGAGUGUAUUAGCUCUCGGGCUUGAAGCUGCUAGACUCGGAUCAUUAAUUUUAACGCCAAUUAUUCCGCGAUUAACAUCUCACCUUCUUGACUUUUUAAAUGUACCUUCCAAUGCACGAAUGUGGGAUAAUACAAAGUAUUUAAAUACUGGCCGGAAUAACCAAAUAAAUACACCAAAGCAACAAGAUUACGCGUUCUUUAAAAAAUUACGAUAAUUUAUUUUAAAUAAAUUUUUAUACUAUUUAAA